AUGGAGAGAGCAAAGUCGAGGAAGCCUCAUGCCAUAAUGAUACCAUACCCACUUCAAGGCCACGUCAUCCCUUCUGUACACUUAGCCAUCAAACUCGCUUCUCAUGGCUUCACCAUCACUUUCGUUAACACCGAAUCCAUCCACCACCAAAUCUCCACCGCUCGCCACGGGGACGCCGGAGACAUCUUCUCCGCAGCCCGCAGCUCCGGCCAACUCGACAUUCGUUACACCACUAUGAGCGACGGCUUCCCUUUGGGGUUCGACCGGUCACUUAACCAUGAUCAAUUCUUCGAAGGCAUGCUCCACGUAUUCUCUGCCCACGUCGAUGAUCUCAUCGCCAAAAUCUCUCGACGGGGUGAUGAUCCUCCGGUGACUUGUUUGAUCGCCGACACUUUUUACGUCUGGACGUCUAUGAUUUGCGAGAAGCACAAACUUGUUAAUGUCUCGUUUUGGACCGAACCUGCCUUGGUCCUCAAUCUUUACUAUCACAUGGAUCUCCUUAUAUCCAACGGCCAUUUCAAAUCUCUCGGUAAUACUCUUAGAAAUCAUGCCUGUCUCAUUUUGGACCGAACCUGCCUAGAUAAUCGUGAAGACGUGAUCGAUUACGUACCAGGAGUUAAAGCAAUAGACCCAAAAGACUUGAUGUCAUUUCUUCAGGUAAGCGACAUAGACACAAACACAAGGUCCUAUAGAAUAUUAUCUAAGGCCUUUAAGGAUGUCAAGAGAGCCGAUUUCGUGUUAUGCAACACCGUGCAAGAGCUCGAACCAGACUCUCUCUCAGCUCUACAAGCCAAACAACCGGUUUAUGCGAUCGGUCCGGUUUUCUCAACAGAGUCGGUUGUCCCCACGAGCCUAUGGGAAGAAUCAGACUGUACCGAGUGGCUCAAGGACCGGCCCGCCGGGUCGGUCCUCUACAUUUCGUUUGGUAGCUAUGCACAUGUUUGUAAGAAAGAGAUCGCUGAGAUAGCCGAUGGGCUUUUGCUAAGUGGGGCUAGUUUCAUUUGGGUUUUACGUCCCGAUAUAGUUGGAUCAGACGUUCCGGAUUUUCUUCCGACUGGAUUCAAGGACCAGGCCCAAGGUCAAGGCCUUGUGGUCCAGUGGUGCUGCCAGAUGGAAGUGAUCUCAAAUCCGGCCGUUGGAGGGUUUCUAACACAUUGUGGAUGGAAUUCGAUUCUAGAGAGCGUUUGGUGCGGUUUACCGUUGUUGUGUUAUCCGCUUUUGGGCGAUCAGUUAACGAAUAGGAAGCUUGUGGUCGAUGAUUGGCGCAUUGGUAUUAACCUUUGUGAGAAUCAAAUGAUCACAAGGGACCAAGUCUCGGCUAAUGUUAAAACGUUGAUGGUGAACGGAGAAACUUCAAGUGAGCUAAGAAACAACGUAGAAAAGCUUAAACGUCAUGUAAAAGAUGCGGUUACAGCCGUUGGAUCUUCGGAGACGAAUUUUAACUCGUUUGUUAGUGAGGUCCGAGAUAGAAUAGAAACUAAAUUAUGUAAUAAUGUAAACGGGGUGAAAUUAAAUGGGCUGGAAUUUUAAUUCUUUCAUGUCUUUUUUUGUCUUGUCUAUAGGAAGUUUCAUGGCUGCACGGCAUAUAAGCACGUCAAAGAAUAUUCAAUAAAAAGUAAUAUUCUUUAUGCUUUUAGAUAUAAAGUAUAGUUAGAAGCUUACUGUAAGUGUAAAGAAGAUACAAUACAAUAUGCAAUAUGUGUAUAGUUAGACAAGAACUAUGGAGUUUGUGUAAUUAUGAGUGGUAAAAUUAAG